AUGGAUUCAGACACCUUGCAGACCUUGCAGAAGGAACUCACCUGCGCCAUCUGCAUGAACUACUUCCUAGACCCCGUCACCAUCGACUGCGGGCACAGCUUCUGCAGGCCCUGCCUCUGCCUCUGCUGGGAGGAAUCCCAGAACCCAAUGCGCUGCCCCGAGUGCAGGGAAAUAUCGGAGAAGACAAACUUCAAAACCAACUUUGUACUCAGGAAGCUGGCUGCCCUCGCCAGGGAGGCCAGCCCUCCCCAGGUCCGCCGCUCAGAGGAGCAGAUCUGCGUGGCACACAAGGAGGUGAAGCGCCUCUUCUGCGCGGCUCAGAGGACGCUGCUCUGUGGGUCCUGCGCCGAGGCACCAGCGCACGUGACCCACGGCCACCUUCCCGUAGGACGCGCUGCUGAGCAGGGCCGGGAGGAACUUAUGAAGACAAUGGACUCUUUACGGAAAAUGACUCACGAAACACAAAACGAUCUAAAUCAAGAAACUAGCAAAACUCAGUUAUUAGCGGAGUAUGUGGCCUUGAGGAAGGUGAUAAUCAAACUCCAGUAUCAGAAGAUGCAUCUAUUUCUCCUUGAGGAGGAGCAACUGCACCUGGAGGCACUGGGCAGAGAAGCAGAGGAGAUUUUCCAGCAACUCCGAGACAGUGAAGUGAGAAUGACCCAACACAAAGAAAGGAUGACAGACAUGUACAGAGAGCUGACUGAGAUGUGCCACCAGCCGGACGUGGAGCUGCUCCAGGACUUUGGAAAUGUAUUGGAAAGGACCCAGUCAGUGCAGAUGCAGAAGCCCCAGCCUGUGAACCCAGAGCUCACUUCGUGGCGCAUCGCUGGACUCCUGGACAUGCUGAACAACUUCAGAGUGGACAAUCCUCUGAGUAUGGAAAUGGCCAGUUGCUAUAUAAGGCUUUCUGAGGACCUGAGAAGUGUCAUAUUUGGAGAUGAAGGUCACAGUGCACCCUGGGAGCUCCAGACGGCGGAGAGCUUUGCUGCAUGGGGAGCUCAGGCCUUCACCUCGGGCAGGCAUUACUGGGAAGUGGAUGUGACACACUCCUUCAGCUGGGUUCUGGGAGUCUGCAAAGAUUCCUGGACACAAGAUACCAGUAUUAUUAUUGAUUCUGAGGAUGCGUUUUUGCUAUUUUCUUUAAAGGGAAGCAAUGGUUAUCGUCUCUCCACCAACUCCCCACCCUUAGUUCAGUGUGUGCAAAGGCCUCUGGGUCGGGUUGGGGUGUUUCUGGAUUAUGACAAUGGAACAGUGAGCUUCUAUGAUGUUUAUAAAGCUGCCCUCAUAUAUAGUUUCCUUCCUUCCUCCUUCUCUUCUCCUCUGAGGCCUUUCCUUUACCUAUGUUCCCCGUGA